GUGGACGCUCAGCUCAGGAGCUAAGGUUGAUACGAGAGAGUUACUGAAGAAUACUUUCAAACUUACCACAAGCCGAUACUUGGAUAAUACUUGCCGACUGUGUGAAGCAGAAAGUAUAGUUUCACCAUCCAGUAGAAGUAUAGUUUAGUAGAGCACCAACGUGGUACUCACAGCGAACAUGCAGAUCAUUCUAGCGCUCAUCCCGUGCUGCCUGCUCUACUCGGCAGCGUACGGUGCCACCGUCCCGCCCACACAGAGUUCCAGCACCUACGACAGCUUCACCACCAUCUGGUCCAUCAUCAACACAACCACCGAGGCCGCCGUCAACAACGACUCGACAAUAGCAGGUGAGCCGUGCCCCUACCUGCCUGAUGCCUACUCGUGCCUACAAGGUGCCAUGCAGGACACCUUCAGCCUGUUAAUGGACUCACAGUUCCAGUCAAUGCCAGAGGCGACACAGGGGAGAUUUUGCCAGAUUUCUGGAAACUUCCAGAACUGCACAGAGCCUUACCUGGCGGGAUGUAACUCACUCGUGACCGUCACCUUCAAGGUGUUUGGUGGAGCUUUUGUUUACCUGUGUUCUCCCACUGGAUUCCAGAAUUUCGUCAACUUCCUGCCCUGCCUGUCCAACGCCCAGCUGGUAUCUGAACUCAACUACUGCGCCACGGCCAUUCCAUCACGUGUUGACCCCACUGACCUUUGCACGCUGCCGGACGGCUACAAAGAUUGUGUCGUUGGUGCUGCGAGCAGGCUCUGCUCUGCCCAAGAUGGCGUCGUUCUCUCGGGCGUCAUGGAUGCCGUGUUCAAGCCGUACAAGGACGCCGUCUGCCCGCUCUCUAACACCACCACACCCUACCCGGUUGACAGCACAACAACAACAGUUGACGCCACAACCACCCAAGAUUCUUAUACCACAAAAGCUGUAGAUGACGUCACAACCACCCAAGAAUCAUACACAACUAAAGCAGCUGAUGACGUCACAACUACUCAAGAUUCAUAUACCACAAAAGCUGUGGAUGACGUCACAACCAGCCAAGAUUCAUAUACCACUAAAGCCGCUGAUGACGUCACAACCACACAAGAAUCAUAUACCACAAAAGCUGUGGAUGACGUCACAACCACCCGAGAGUCAUAUACCACAAAAGCCGCUGAUGACGUCACAACUACUCAAGAUUCAUAUACCACAAAAGCUGUGGAUGACGUCACAACCAGCCAAGAUUCAUAUACCACUAAAGCCGCUGAUGACGUCACAACUACUCAAGAUUCAUAUACCACAAGAGCCGCUGAUGACGUCACAACUACUCAAGAUUCAUAUACCACAAAAGCCGCUGAUGACGUCACAACCACACAAGAAUCAUAUACCACAAAAGCUGUGGAUGACGCCACAACUACUCAAGAUUCAUAUACCACAAAAGCUGUAGAUGACGUCACAACAACUCAAGAAUCAUACACCACAAAAGCUGUGGAUGACGUCACAACCACCCAAGAAUCAUAUACCACAAAAGCUGUAGAUGACGUCACAACCACCCAAGAAUCAUAUACCACUAAAGCCGCUGAUGACGUCACAACUACUCAAGAUUCAUAUACCACAAAAGCUGUGGAUGACGUCACAACCACCCAAGAGUCAUAUACCACAAAAGCCGCUGAUGACGUCACAACCACCCAAGAAUCAUAUACCACAAAAGCUGUGAAUGACGCCACAACAACCCAAGAAUCAUAUACCACUAAAGCCGUUGACGACGUCACAACUACUCAAGAUUCAUAUACCACAAGAGCCGCUGAUGACGUCACAACUACUCAAGAUUCAUAUACCACAAAAGCUGUGGAUGACGUCACAACCAGCCAAGAUUCAUAUACCACAAAAGCCGCUGAUGACGUCACAACUACUCAAGAUUCAUAUACCACAAAAUCCGCUGAUGACGUCACAACUACUCAAGAUUCAUAUACCACAAAAGCUGUGGAUGACGUCACAACAACCCAAGAAUCAUAUACCACUAAAGCCGCUGAUGACGUCACAACUACUCAAGAUUCAUAUACCACAAAAGCUGUGGAUGACGUCACAACCACCCAAGAGUCAUAUACCACAAACGCCGCUGAUGACGUCACAACCACCCAAGAAUCAUAUACUACAAAAGCUGUGGAUGACGUCACAACUACUCAAGAUUCAUAUACCACAAAAGCUGUAGAUGACGUCACAACAACUCAAGAAUCAUACACCACAAAAGCUGUGGAUGACGUCACAACCACCCAAGAAUCAUAUACCACAAAAGCUGUAGAUGACGUCACAACCACCCAAGAAUCAUAUACCACUAAAGCCGCUGAUGACGUCACAACUACUCAAGAUUCAUAUACCACAAAAGCUGUGGAUGACGUCACAACCACCCAAGAGUCAUAUACCACAAAAGCCGCUGAUGACGUCACAACCACCCAAGAAUCAUAUACCACAAAAGCUGUGGAUGACGCCACAACAACCCAAGAAUCAUAUACCACUAAAGCCGUUGAUGACGUCACAACUACUCAAGAUUCAUAUACCACAAGAGCCGCUGAUGACGUCACAACUACUCAAGAUUCAUAUACCACAAAAGCUGUGGAUGACGUCACAACCAGCCAAGAUUCAUAUACCACAAAAGCCGCUGAUGACGUCACAACUACUCAAGAUUCAUAUACCAAAAAAUCCGCUGAUGACGUCACAACUACUCAAAUUUCAUAUACCACAAAAGCUGUGGAUGACGUCACAACAACCCAAGAAUCAUAUACCACUAAAGCCGCUGAUGACGUCACAACUACUCAAGAUUCAUAUACCACAAAAGCUGUGGAUGACGGCACAACCACCCAAGAAUCAUAUACCACUAAAGCUGCUGAUGACGUCACAACCACCCAAGAAUCAUACACCACUAAAGUCGCAUAUGACGUCACAACUACUCAAGAUUCAUAUACCACAAAAGCUGUGGAUGACGUCACAACCACCCAAGAAUCAUAUACCACUAAAGCCGCUGAUGACGUCACAACCACCCAAGAUUCAUAUACCACAAAAGCCGCUGAUGACGUCACAAUCACUCAAGAUUCAUAUACCACAAAAGCAGCCGAUGACAUCACAACCACCCAAGAAUCAUAUACCACUAAAGCUGCUGAUGACGUCACAACCACCCAAGAAUCAUACACCACUAAAGUCGCAUAUGACGUCACAACUACUCAAGAUUCAUAUACCACAAAAGCUGUGGAUGACGUCACAACCACCCAAGAAUCAUAUACCACUAAAGCCGCUGAUGACGUCACAACCACCCAAGAUUCAUAUACCACAAAAGCCGCUGAUGACGUCACAAUCACUCAAGAUUCAUAUACCACAAAAGCAGCCGAUGACAUCACAACUACUCAAGAUUCAUAUACCACGAAAGCUGUAGAUGACGUCACAACCACCCAAGAUUCAUAUACCACAAAAGCAGCUGAUGACGUCACAACAACUCAAGAAUUAUACACCACAAGAGCUGUAUCUACCACCACCUCCACCUCCCCAGCACCACCAGUUUCUGAGCUGACGUCAAGAUAUCCAGAGACCACCACAACCACCACAGAAACAACCACAGCAUCAGAGAUUACCACAUACCCCACCACCCCUGAACCUACUACAACAACCACCCCCACCACCUCUGAAUAUCCAACAACAACCACCUCCACCACUCCUGAACCUACAACAACAACCACCUCCACCACCCCUAAACCUACAACAACAACCUACCCCACCACCCCUGAACUUACAACAACCACCUCCACCACCCCUGAACCUACAACAACAACCUACCCCACCACCCCUGAACCUACGACAACAACCACCUCCACCACCACCUCCACCACCCCCACCACAACAUCAACCACCCCCACCACAACAACAACCACACCCACCACCACAACAACCACCCCCACCACCACAACAACCACCCCCACCACCACCAAAACCACCCGCACCACCACCAACCCACCACCUCAGCCACCAUUCGACUGCUACGAGUGCAGCAGUGGUGCCUACGGUUCCUGGCAGAAUACGGCCUGUCCCCCCAACGGCCGCAUCAACGGCUGGGCCAAGUCUCAGGUCACCAAGUGCAAAGGUCCCUGUAUGUCACGUGUCAUGAGAUACCCACUAGGAGAUGUGAAUCGCGGAUGUUCCGACUACCAGUUCUUUGGCGUGAAGAUUCCCGCCAACGGCUGCAUCACCCACAACAACGACCGUAUCUGCUUCUGCUCCAAGAACCGCUGCAACGACAGGAACAUGGUGCCAGAGCUCAAUAAGUGGGUGGAGCUCUACGACUAAUAUCCUGGGGAUGACGUCAUCGAUUUGUGUGCACUAACUAGUUUUGGAUUUUUGUAUCUCAGAAGUAGAGUAGUGAAUAGAGAUUUUUCAUUUGAACAUAGGACAGUUAGCGUAUUGGAGCAUUUUGAGUUCGAAUAAUUUAUAUUUUUUUAGAUAAAUUAAUAACAGGAUUUUCAAUGUAAUGUAAUUAGUAAAAGUAGUGCAGACUAAUUUGUAAAUCUAAAUUUACUAACUUGAUUCCGGUAUAGAUUAUUACUGCAUUAAUUUAGUAAAUUAAUUACGUCAUUAUAAUUAGACUGAUGUAAACAUAGUUGGCUCAGUGAUGAAUCCACCUUAUGUGGCCACGUGAUAGGGGAUGCUACAUUGAGCUCACGUGACUUGGUUAUUAAUAGCCGGGCUGGCCUGGCGAGUUCAGAAUCGGUCGCCAUGACAACCAGACCCAGCGUCCCUAGUUCACGGUCCAGUCCCGGUCAGCUGUGUGACAAGAGCAGAUAACACAAAACAUCACUAAUUUGUACGGGAUAGCAAUUUGUUUUGUUUUUUUACGCUUUUGAAUACCAACAAUUGAACGAAGUCUACAGUUUCGGUUGUACAACCUUCAGGUUCAAGAUGUUCUGUCAAAGAAAGCUUAUCUUGCAUAAUGUGUUUGACAGUUAGUGUCGAUGUAUGAUGUAUGUUAUGUAUGAGGUUUGUCGAGUGUUGAAAUGACUGCUGCUCAUAAAAGACCAAAACUUUGAUUUUUUUAUUUUAGUCCCGCGUUUGAUCCGGGCUUGUUUACUAGUACAUGCAUUCCUUCUUCAUUAAUCUCCACAUUUUCUUAAUUUGUUAAUUUAUUAUUUUUAUUAAUUUUAAUUAUUUGAUUCAAUUUUUUUCACUAUGUUCCACAUCGUAUUAUUUUACUUAAACGGUUUGUAUUAUAAUCGUUUGAUUAAUGUAUACUUUUUCUACGUAUUUUAUACCUUUUUUUAUGAUUCAGUUUUUUUAAAUUAAUGAGAGGGGGGCGAAACAACUUCCUUGCAGUCUGCGUAAAGAAAUCCACGUAAACUAUACAGCCACAAAAUCUAAUUAUAGCAUCAAAAUUGUUGACAAGACAAUGUGUAGCCUUGUCCAUAGAAUAUGUUUGUUGAUAACCUGAGAAAUACAACACGUUUUGAUAGAGGUCUAAAGAAAUAUCUUUGGGAUAAAAUAUAAUCUAUAUUUAAAUAUUAUUUUUAUUAAUCCCGCCUCACCCCCACCCCCCCCCAACCCACCACCAACCCCCCCCCCCCCUAUACAUGUCAUCAUUCUGUUGUUGUAUGUACAUAAACAUUCACAUAAAACGUGUCAAACCAUAUACGAUGUCAUAAAAAUUUGUUAUUGACAUUUUUGUUUUACCUGUCUUCAUUUCCGGUUUAAAUUUACAACAAUGCACCAGCUUCACUUUGCCCGAAUUCACGGUUAUUUCCCUUUCCUUGUUUAAUUUUAUCUAUGUUUCUGCCCACCCCUUUACCUUUCUCCACAGUAUGUCUACGUCAUUUAUUUAUCCAUUUUAACUUGUUUCCUAAUGUGUAUCUCUUUUACACAAAUCUGGACGUUAUAAAGCUAAAGCGUGUUGUUUAGUAUUGCCUUAAAAAUUAUAGUAGACAAAUGCUUUCUGAUGGCUUAUUUUUUUUUAGAAAAACAUUUUUUUUCGGUGUUGAAUGGCGUUUUAAGAAGACUCAAGUUAAAAAUAAUCGUUUACCCAUUUACCUUGCUUAUUUCUUUUUUUUAAAUAAACAAACUUAGAGUGUCGUUAAAAAAUUUAUGUCUAGAAAACUGUCAUACUUACAAUUUGAGUAGUUUUAAAAAUGUAAUCAUUACCUUUAAAUGUUCUACUUUGUAAAUAGAUUUUAAAAUAUGUAUUUUCAUCAUCUAUGUACGUAUGUUGUUUUAAACAUUUCAUAUACACAUGUUAAUGUUUUUUUAUUCAUUGUAUACCUGUUGAUAUUUGUAAUGAUUAAAACAACAGAAUUGCACAUUACA